GGAGGGAGGGGACUCGGGCUCAUUGCGGUGCGCGCCCAGAGCUGCCUCCCUCACUCGCCGCAGACGGCCUGCCUCGCCUCGUGCUCCCCUGCCGCCGCCCCGCAGAAAUGCUUCGACUACCCACAGUCCUUCGCCAGAUGAGACCAGUGUCCCGGGCACUGGCUCCUCAUCUCACUCGGGCCUAUGCCAAAGAUGUAAAAUUUGGUGCGGAUGCUCGAGCCUUAAUGCUUCAAGGUGUAGACCUUUUAGCCGAUGCUGUAGCUGUUACAAUGGGGCCAAAGGGAAGAACUGUGAUUAUUGAACAGAGUUGGGGAAGUCCCAAAGUAACAAAAGAUGGGGUCACUGUUGCAAAGUCAAUUGAUUUAAAGGAUAAAUACAAAAAUAUUGGAGCUAAACUUGUUCAGGNUGUUGCCAAUAACACAAACGAAGAGGCUGGGGAUGGUACCACCACUGCCACUGUUCUGGCACGAUCUAUUGCCAAGGAGGGCUUUGAGAAGAUCAGCAAAGGGGCUAACCCAGUGGAAAUCCGGAGAGGUGUGAUGUUGGCUGUCGAUGCUGUCAUUGCUGAACUUAAGAAACAAUCUAAACCUGUGACAACCCCUGAAGAAAUUGCUCAGGUUGCUACAAUUUCUGCAAAUGGAGACAAAGACAUUGGCAACAUCAUUUCUGAUGCAAUGAAAAAGGUUGGAAGAAAGGGUGUCAUCACAGUGAAGGAUGGAAAAACCCUGAAUGAUGAGCUAGAAAUUAUUGAAGGCAUGAAGUUUGAUAGAGGAUAUAUUUCCCCAUAUUUUAUUAACACAUCAAAAUUUGGAGAAGAGGGGUUGAAUCUAAAUCUUGAAGAUGUUCAAGCUCAUGACUUAGGAAAAGUUGGGGAGGUCAUUGUCACCAAAGAUGAUGCCAUGCUUUUGAAAGGAAAAGGUGACAAAGCUCACAUUGAAAAACGUAUUCAAGAAAUCACUGAGCAGCUAGACAUCACAACUAGUGAAUAUGAAAAGGAAAAGCUGAACGAGCGACUUGCUAAACUUUCAGAUGGAGUAGCUGUGUUGAAGGUUGGAGGAACAAGUGAUGUUGAAGUGAAUGAGAAAAAAGACAGAGUUACUGACGCUCUCAAUGCUACAAGAGCAGCUGUUGAAGAAGGCAUUGUUCUAGGAGGGGGCUGCGCUCUGCUUCGGUGCAUCCCAGCCUUGGAUUCAUUAAAGCCUGCUAAUGAAGACCAGAAAAUAGGUAUAGAAAUUAUUAAAAGGGCACUUAAAAUUCCUGCAAUGACGAUUGCUAAGAAUGCAGGUGUUGAAGGAUCUUUGAUAGUUGAGAAAAUUCUGCAGAGUUCCUCAGAAGUUGGUUAUGACGCCAUGCUUGGAGAUUUUGUGAACAUGGUGGAAAAGGGAAUCAUUGAUCCAACAAAGGGCAAGGGUGAUGGCUCAAAGGAUAAAGUGCUGGCUGUACAUGCAUGA